AUGAAAAAGAGCCUUAACCAAUUAUAUGGCUCUCCGCUGCCCUUAGUUGUGCGGCCAUUGCCCCCGAUAAUUCCGCAUAACCCGCUAUCGUGGAUCUUUUGGCUAUGGGAAUACUGGUUUCCUGAACCUGAGUACAAUCUGUACGACGGUAUACUUCAUGCUUUGGUAUUACCCUCGGAGACAACAUUUUACGUUCGAAUUGAUAAUGGGAGCGAUAUCAAUAGUCUGUGGUCGAUGGGGUUUUUUGGGAAAGGUACUUUGAGCCGUAGUGAACCUAGCUGGUACACUCGUACUGCUCGAAGACUGGGUCUACAAGGAGGAGAGCAGAUGACCUCAGAGGAGGUCACGGCUGCGAGACGAGAGGAGCGUAAAAAAUUCAAGAUGAUGCGUGCUCAGGCUGAAGCAGAAGAAUUAGCACGAAGAAAAAAGCUGGAUGAAAUGAAGGAAGUUUGGGCAGGACAAGACUCUGAUUCAGUCUCUACUCUGGUAGAUGAGGAAUCAAAGUUGACUUCGACUGGAGUGGCGAGUGAGGCUGGAGAUUCAAAGCAUGAAUUGACUCGUACUCUGGAAGAAAGUCAGCCCGCUCAAGCUGCUGCGGUACUAGUUGAGUCAUCGGCAUCGCCUGAGGUCUCUGGGAACCAUGCAACUGUGAUUCGCUUUGAAGAUCAGUCGAUCAUCGAUUCGAAUAAUAAGCUCAUCCAACAGGAAUAUCUUCAACUUAUGCCUCAAGAGGCAUUCUUUUUGAGUUAUGGUCUUGGUGUUUUGCGAAUUACUGAUCAUGUUACAGGGAAACCUUUGACAUCUGAAGAGCUGUUGACUAGAUUUGUGUCUGCUAACCCUCGAUUCUUGUCUCAGUAUGCCGUAUACCACCAUUAUCGUUCUCUCGGUUGGUGUGUUCGAUCAGGGGUAAAAUUUGGAUCUGAGUUACUAUUAUAUAAACGUGGACCACCAUUUUCUCAUGCUGAAUUUUGUAUCCGGAUUCUCACCUCUCCUGGUGACGAACAGCAUGAUUGGUGGUGGAAUACGAGUAUAGGUAGAGUCGUGGGGGGUGUUAAAAAGGGCUUGGUUUUCUGCUAUGUGCAAGGCAAUGAUACUGAAAACACAGCGAAAAUUUUGGAUGCCUCGGAAGGGUAUAGCAUCAAGGACAUUCUGGGGUCUUAUCAAAUCCGCGAAGUCGUGUAUAGAAGAUGGAUUGCAACGCGAAAUAGAGAUUGA